AUUCGAUAGAAUAAGGAAGUUUGUAAUUAAUAACUAAUCUAUUAAAUUAUUCUAUCAACAUACUUUGUGCAAACUAUCACCACGAAAAUUUCAAGUUCCAUCAAAAUUCGAAGCAAAAUCGAAUAGUGCAGUCGAAAACAUUUUCAGUGUAUUAAGAACAAUAAAAAAAUAAUCUAGUAUGUUUAAAUGGUGGACGUAAGAUAAAUUCGAAGCUCAACUCGGCGAUACAUAGUAAUUUAGACAAGUUAAAUAUGUGUACUGGAUAAGUGUCUAAAUUUAAACGCUUCCACGAUAUCUAAACUGACAAACGCGAAUAAGAAUUGAAAUUUGAAACUCGUUCCAAUCAUGUCACAAGAGAAUUUGUUCAGUUUGCUCAAAGAAAAUUCCCCACAAUUGAUUGCAGUGUUCUUUGGUACUCUGAAUGCUUUAUCUGAUGGAAUGCACUUUGGAUGGACAGCUCCAACUAUACCAAUUCUAGAGAGAGAAGAUAGCCCAAUCAAAUUGACGAAGAAUGACAUCAUAUAUCUCGAAGUUUUUUAUGUUACAUUUGGUAUUGUUGGACUUCCAAUCACAAUUUUUCUAGCUGAUAAGAUCGGAAGGCAGAAAUCUGUUAUUGUGGCUUCUUCAACGAGUCUAUUCGCAUGGGUGCUAAUAGGCAUUGGUGAUAGAGUGGAGUAUUUCAUUGUUGCGAGAUGUUUGGUUGGAGUAGCAGCAGAUGUAGCAUUCGUUUGUUCUCCGAUGUACAUAGCAGAGAUAUCCCACCAAAAAAUAAGAGGAUUUCUAGCAGGCGUCAUAUACACGAUGGUACUCAUUGGCGUGCUCACUAUAUACACUAUAGCACCUUACACAUCUAUAAGAGUGCCACCACUUGUAGGAGGUGGCGUGAUUUUAAUCCAACUGGCUGUCUUUCCAUUCAUGCCCGAGUCGCCUUAUUAUCACCUCUACAAAAAUAACAGAAUCUCUGCGGAAAAAUCACUGCAAAGACUCAGAGGCAAAGAAGACGUUGAAGAUGAACUUGAAGAGAUCUCAGCAGCUAUAAACAGACAGAAGAUGGAGAGAGGAAGAAUGUUUGAUCUGUUCCUCAUCGGAAGCAACAGGAAGGCUAUAAUUAUAAUGAUAUUCCUCAACUGUAUACAGAAUAUGGUAGGAUUCGCCGCAAUUCUCAUGAACCUUCACGAGAUACUCAUUGAGGCUGGAGCAACAUAUCUGGACUCAAAUAUUUCUGCAAUCGUUUUCGCUGCGACGAUGGUUGCAGCAUCUUUAACUGGCAUGGUAACUGUAGAUAAAUUCGGACGCAAGAUGCUGUAUGGAAUUUCGUGCGUUAUGUCUGGAAUUUUUCUAUUGAUCAUAGCGAUUUUUUACCAUUUGAAACAUGCUGGUUACGAUGUCCUUGUAGUGGCAUGGAUUCCUCUAGUUUUCAUAAUGUUAUUCGCUGCUGUUUUUAAAUUUGGGAUUGGUAUCAUACCCAUAGUGAUGACUGCCGAACUCUUUCCUGCUAGAGUUAAAGCUCUUGGUAUGACUGCUGCUGAUGGUGUCUAUGUUACUUUUGCUAGUCUCUCGUUGUUUAUCUACCAAGAAUUAAAUAAUUCUGUGGGAUUGCAUAUGUCGUUUUAUUUGUUUUCUUUCGUGGCGUUCAGCGGUCUGAUCUUCAAUGCGUUCCUGUUACCAGAAACAAAGAAUAAAACAUUAGAGGAAAUACAAAUUAUGUUGAAGAGUUAAUAUUAUUUCAUUUUAAACUCAUAGAGAAUAGAUGUUAUUUGUAAGUUAUUUUAUGUGAUAAUUCUUAUUGUAUCUAUUUAUUGUAUCAAUUGUGUUGUAUUUUGCUAUUAUCAAUAGGCAAAGGAUCUUUUUAUACUGACCAUUCUAAUCGAAUAAAUUCAUAAUAGAAUUACUAUUAAGCUGAUAUCCAUAGGAAUUUAUUGAAUCAAUGAGUUACUUGAAAUUUAAGUUAAUUUUAUAUCAGUUAAAUGUAUCAAGCAUUCUCAAUGCAAUUAUGUAUGGUAAUAAAUCAUUUUAUGGA